ACCAACGAAACACUGGGCUGCCUGCAGCGGAGCGCGCGAACUUAACCACUUGGCCAUAGGGCCAGCCCCCUGGGGUACUUUUUAUAACUACAUGUUCUCGGUCCUCUAAGAUGCAUAGCUCUUGCUGUGUUGUUGCCCCCAUCUACACUCCCAGUCCCUACUCUAGGAAGCCACCACCGUUGACAGUCGUGUCCAUCUUGCAGGCGUGCCAGGGCAGGGAAGACAUACAGAUAAACAAAUACAGAGCAGUGCCAUGACAGAGAGAAGCACUGGUAGGGGUUAGGGUGGGAGAGGAAGCAAAUGAAUUCAGAUUUAGUCUUAGUGAGGUAUGGACAUGUGGGACGGUUCAUGGGGUAAAUAUUCCUCCCCCUCCCCACUCCCCAGGGAGAGUUUAGUUCAAGGAGAAGAAAGCCAAGAAUAGAAUCCUGGGAAAAUGUUAAAAUUUAAGGUUUGACCAGUGAAGACUGAGAGAGAGCAUUCUGAAGUAUGGAAGGAGCAUCAGGAGGCAGUGAAGUUAUGAAAAGCCAGUGGAAGAGAGUUUCAAGACGGAAGUUGUUAAACAUCAAAUACUGUAGAGAGGUCAAGUCAAAGAAGAAAUGAAAAGCGUGUGUUGAAUUUGUUAACUUUGGUCACAUUGCUAUGUGUAGUUUCAGUGGCGAGGUGACAUGUAUUAGGCUGCCGUGCGAAUGCAAGGGGGAAAGGCAGAGAAGCCAGGGUAGAUUACUUUCCUAAAAGCUUGAUGGUUAAAAGAAGAACAAGUAUGGUGAGACGAAUGUUCAGCCUGGAAGAGAGAGCUGUGGUUUUUUUGUUGUUGCUCUUUUGCUUUGUUUUUAAAAUGGGUUUUGAGUGUGUCUAUAUGAAGAGAGGAAAGGUUUGUUAGAAUCAAAAGUUGAAGCUUCAGGAGAGAGGGAAUAAUUGAUGGAGCAUGAUUGCUGAGUAAGCUGAAGGGCACAGGAACCAGAGAACAGGUUAAGAGAUUCACCUUGAACAGGAGACAGAAAGCUUAUGGAAGUAGAUGUGGGCAGGAAGUUCAUAUAUUUCAAACCCAAAUACUACUAUUUUCUCCAUGAAAUUGAAGACAGGGUUAUCUGCUAUGAGUAAGAGUUUAGGUGAGUUUGAAGUGGCUUCUAUAGAAAAUGAGAAUUGAAACUGAACAGGUACCUGCAGAAAAUUACUAGGUAGUAAAUAGUGUCUACCAAAUAUUAGAGAUCAAGUUGAAUAAUGUUCUUAAUUCCUAUGCCUAUAGCAUUUUGUUUACUAUGGGGGUAAAUAACCACAGCUGAAUUGAUCCAGGGUUGAUGGUUUAUAGGGCAUAUUAGACAGAAAUAUAAAAGGAUUGCUGGAUGUUUUAGGAUCAAUAACUUAUCCAUCUUUCUUCUCUGAGUUCUCAGUUUUUGAGAAUGAAACACAAGCAGUAAGGGACAGCUUUAUUAAUGGCUGAACAGGAUGCAGUAACCACUAAAAACAGAGCUUCUGAUAAAUUGUUGGAGGCUUAAGGCCAAAAUCUUGCUUAUUAUUAUUUCCUCCCAAGUAAAGGUGGGGUAGGGAGUGAACAAUAGUCCUCUCCCCUCUAGGGAGACUGAUGGAAGUGGGGGGAAUAAAGGUUUACCCCAACAGGGAUCUAGAGUGUAGUCUGAAAGAGGGUUCCAAAAUUCCAGAUUUGAAGGAUGGAACAAUUUGAGGUGAAGACAAGGUCUAGGGCAUUGGAGUAGAUAAAGAUAAAGGGAACUGACAAGCUUGGGUGUGGGAGAGGUUAUUCAAAUCCUUUGUACAGCUCUUUCUUGGACCUCCAACUGCGUGCAAUCUCUCUUGUACCUUUCUUAUGGAAAGUACGAUAUUCUGCCCAUUUAGUUAGGUACUUAUGUUUAUUAUAACCUCCUUGAGAGCAGAGACUCUGUCAUAUCUUUUUAACCUCAUAGUACCUUAUACAUAAGUAUUUGUUGAUUUAGUUAGUAAGAUGAAAGUUUAUUUUAGACAUGAGAAAACUUUUUGUUGGAAUAUUUUCAAGAAAUUUCUUCACUCAACUCAACAUUAUUUUUGAAGUUUUUUGGACUAAAGAAUGAGGAGACUAAAAUAAGAGAUAUGUUUUCAAUCAGUAAUUGACAAUCCUCCCUAUGUUUAAAUAUUUAAAUAUCCCGCCUUCCUGGAUUGAGUGACUGCUACCGAUGCUGUUAUUCUGGCUAGUUCACGUCAGAGGUUAAUGGAGUAGUUUGGUGGUGUUACAGCUGGAGAAUUCAGGAAUGAUCAAAUUCUGCUUCACUACAGGCACUCCUCCUCUCCUUGAAGUGUCUAAGGAUGAUAUAUUGACAAGGGGCAACAGUAAAUGGAAAAUCUAUAAUUAGUACACAGAAAAUGGAAAAGCUGUGCUUUGCCCAGAAACCCAAUGCCAAACUCUCUAGAGAAACAGGUUCUAGAGUGUGUGUUCUAGAGAGCAGGGCAGAAACUGACUUAACCUGGGAGGUUACUUAGCAUCAUUUCUACUUCAUUCUCUUGGUUGUGAGCAAGUCACCAAGGCUGGCUGAGCUUCAAGGAAAGGGAACACAGACACUAUGAGCAUCAAAGGAUUUGCGGAUGUGGGUGAAACCUCCCUACCUGAUGAUGUCUUUUCCUGUCUUGCACAGGCCUAUGUUCCCAUUCCUGGAGUUAGUUAUAGUCUUGUUUUUCUGAUUGUCUUUAUCACCUCAGGUGUUGUGUUAAUUUUCUAUUGCUUCAUAACAAAUUAUUACAAACUUAGUGGCUUAAAACAACAUCCAUUUAUUUUCUCACAGUUUCUGUUGGUUGGACAGCAUGACUGGGUUCUUCUGCUCCAAGUCUCACAAUGUUGAAAUAAAUAGAUAUGAUAAAUUGAAAAAUAUAUAUGUGUGCACAUACACAUACAUAUAUACUUUUUAAUUACCUUAAAUCAGACUAAUUUUGACCAGGGUUUGUGUUUUUGGUUUUACAAGUGUCUUCUUCAAUAGGCAACAACGACGACGACAACAAAACCUACUAACGUUGAAAGCGUUUUCUGUGACAUUAAGUGUCAGUGAUGUGACCGGGGAAUGAAAAGGACAAUCCCUGGCAGCGUUAUUGGCAUUUUAUAAGUCUUUAGGCUUAAUUAAUGUUCAUCACAAUUUAUUCGUAGUUUAAGUUCUACCAUGGCAUUUUCAAUGAUUGGAAAAUUGAGAAUGCGUUCUUAAUUUUUUUGUUCACUUUUUAAUUGUUCAUUUUCUUUAUUUUAUUGAUAUCUGUAUGGCGUUUUGUUUUCAUUUUAACAUUUUUAUCUUUAACGCACCUCUGUGUUUAUGUGAAUGUGUUCUUAUAUUAGAGAGAAAAAUUCUCUUCUUCUUAUAUAUGGCGAGAAGAAUUAUUUCUCCUUGGUUACACUGUGCCCCCCCCAGGAAGGGGAUCCCAGACCUCCUGAUGUUUAAUCCAGGGCUCUUUCUUUUCACACAGUAUUCUUUACCUCUGGAUAGUUUUUGCCUCCCCUCUCUUUCUUCCCACAUCUCCUGCUCCCUGUGUCUCUUUCCCACUGAUCACAAUAUAUUCCCCAGCUUUUUUUGAUUUAUCCAGUUGCAGAGCUUCAACUGUGAAGUCAAACAGCCUGGAUUUGGGUCCUGGCUUGGUCGUGUUUGGUUACGUGACCUUGGACAAAUUAUUCAACCCCUCUGAAUCCCAGUGUCCUCACCUGUAUUGAGGGUAACAAUGGUACCUGCCUCAUAGGGUUAUGAGGAUUGAAUUAAAUGUGAUGAUGCCCUAAAAUACCUUGCACAGUGAUGAGCAGAUGGAGUUUAAUAAAUGUUGGUGGCUAUUGUUAUUCUGAAGUUAUCAUCUCUCUAUUUCCUUCACAAGUGACAGUAUGUUGCCAGUUCUAAAAGUUUGGGAACUUUGAAGGAGAAUAUGAAUGACCUUUAUCUUGAGAAAACAUUCCAUCCUGCCUGUCUUUCAGAGAGGUAGUGAAGAUUUAUUUCCACUUUUACCUCAGAUUAAUAAGUGUUAUUGGGAAAAGCAACCAUUCUGUAAUGAAUGAAACUACAAUCGUACCUUGUUAGGUAAAUGGUAUUUGCUAAAGAAGAGCCUUUUAAUGAUUUGAAAGUCAUCACAAUCACGUGGUACAUGUUAGGCUUUCAAAGUGUGCUGUUCAAAUGACUCUCUUCUUUAAAUUUUAAUGAAUAUUAGGCUAACCCUUAAACAAAUGAGUCAUUGUUUCAAAGAAAUUAUUGUACUGUCCUUGUUAAAACUUAUUAUGGAAGUUUAUAAGAAAGUGUGUCUUUUUUUUUUUUAACUAGAGAGAAAUACAGAGGUAAUUCAUUUGGUUUAUUUACUCACCCUCAACAUUUUUAGGGAGUGGUCUACAAGUGUGUGUGAAAUCCCACCGUUUAUUACACAUCCGUGCUGGUUUAUUCAGUCGUACGAAACGCAGAUACCACGUGGUAUCACUUAUUUUUAGAACUAAAUAAGCACUGCAACAAAGAGUCAUUUUAGUUCAUAUGUUUAGGGUCACUUGCCGCAGUGGACAUGACUGAAAGCUGAUUAACGUUAGAUUAUGAUUCUUCUGGUGAGAUCUUAAAAAGUAGACAUAAAAACAAACCAAUAAAGAGAAUAUACUCUUACAGCACAUAAAAUGCUGAACAUUGUGUAUUCAUUGUACAAUUGAAAUGAGCUGGCUGUGUGUUCGUGGGAGGGGAAAAAUGUUCCUAAGAACUUAUUUCUUUAAUGUUUACCUUCUGUUUAUUCUGUUUACCUCUUAGCUUCCUCUCUCAUAACAUAGUUCAGUUCAUCCUCUCUCUUAAGAGAGAUAUCACGUCCUUUAACCCUAAGAAAGUGUCAGUUUACUUUUAUCCAUGAAUAUCUCAAUGUUUAGUUACAAGGGAAGUAACCAAAAGUUAUUUUCUUUUCAUGUUAUUAGUGAAUGCAUAUCACACAACCCGUAUUUAGAUAAUCACCUAAAUAAAUAAUCACUUAGAUAAAUGAGUUGCCUACUUUAUCUGAUAGUAUUUAUGGUAACUACUAUGUGCCUCUUCUAACUGCUUUAUGCCUGAUAGCUCCUUCAAUUCUUUAUAUUAGUCCUAUGAGGUAGAUACUGUUAUGCUCUCCAUUUUAUAGUUGAAGAAUCUGAAACAGAGAUCUUAAUAUCUAGUGUAAAUAGCUAAAAUCUGAACCCAUCUGGGUUGUCUGACCUCACUGUGUACUCUUGACCACUCUGCUAUCCUGCCUCUUUAUUGUGGAGUUUUAAAUGAGUGUGGUUCAGAUAGUAUCCCUUUAAUUGUAUUUUACGUGUUCAUUUUUGUGUCUUCUCUUCUCCAGGUCAACCAUAGAGCCCUAUGUUGUAUUACCAGAUGUACAGCAAGCACUUGCUGGUUGUGCUACAAAUCUAGAAUAUUACAUUUUAUUUUGGGCACUACAAUUUAAAUAGAAAUGUUGACUAAAGAGCUCACAGAGGAAGGGAACCAAUAUUGUAAAAAGAUCUUGGAAUCACGGCCUUGAUUGACCUUAAAGGGCACUUUUUAUUUUAAAGAUUUGGGGAAAUAUGACAUGUAUUUUUAAUAUUUGAGGAAUUACCAUGUUUAAGAGACAGUGGACAGGUUUUGUGUUCCUGCAGUGUGCAGGACAAAGAUCUGUGGUUGAAUUCCUGGGGUAAAAUUUCAACUCUGCAUGAAAGAGAACUUUCUGACUUGAGUCAUCUGAUAGAACAGGCCCCUUGUGAGGUAAUGGCUCCGCCCAUUAUUAGAAAUCUCUAGUCAUCUCAAUCCCUGUGAACUGAAAGGAGGCUUCAAGGAGAGACAUCUCAGAGCAGAGUCAGGUUCAGAGUGCUGAUGUGAAUUUCUCAAGAUAAUCACUCCCUUCAGAAGACUAAUGCUGUGUGCCGAGAACAGAAAGGAGAUGGAGGAUUGGAUCAGCUCACUGAAGUCUGUACAGACCAGAGAACCUUACGAGGUGGCCCAGUUUAAUGUGGAACAUUUCUCAGGGAUGCAUAACUGGUACGCCUGCUCCCAUGCCCGACCUACUUUCUGUAACGUGUGCCGAGAGAGUCUCUCCGGAGUCACCUCCCAUGGCCUGUCCUGCGAAGUGUGUAAAUUCAAGGCUCACAAAAGAUGUGCAGUGAGAGCAACAAACAACUGCAAAUGGACGACACUGGCCUCCAUCGGGAAGGACAUCAUAGAGGACGAAGAUGGAGUGGCUAUGCCGCACCAGUGGCUUGAGGGUAACUUGCCCGUGAGCGCCAAAUGUGCUGUCUGUGACAAAACGUGCGGGAGCGUUCUCCGUCUUCAAGAUUGGAAAUGCCUUUGGUGUAAAACGAUGGUACACACUGCCUGCAAAGAUUUAUACCACCCUAUAUGUCCACUUGGCCAAUGUAAAGUGUCUGUCAUACCUCCAAUUGCACUAAACAGCACUGAUUCUGAUGGUUUCUGUAGAGCAACAUUUUCAUUCUGUGUUAGUCCUCUAUUGGUUUUUGUCAAUUCUAAGAGUGGAGAUAAUCAGGGAGUAAAGUUCCUUCGACGAUUUAAACAGUUGCUAAAUCCGGCUCAGGUGUUUGAUUUAAUGAAUGGAGGGCCUCAUUUAGGUUUAAGAUUAUUCCAGAAGUUUGACAAUUUCCGGAUUCUUGUCUGUGGAGGAGAUGGAAGUGUAGGUUGGGUUUUGUCAGAAAUUGAUAAGCUCAACUUGAAUAAACAGUGCCAGCUGGGAGUAUUGCCUCUGGGUACAGGAAACGACCUUGCCCGGGUUCUUGGCUGGGGAGGUUCAUACGAUGAUGACACUCAACUUCCUCAGAUAUUAGAGAAGCUGGAAAGAGCCAGUACCAAAAUGUUGGACAGGUGGAGUAUAAUGACCUAUGAACUCAAAUUGCCACCAAAGGCUUCUCUACUUCCAGAACCUCCAGAAGCAUCUGAAGAAUUUUAUAUGACAAUUUAUGAAGACUCAGUUGCAGCUCAUCUUACAAAAAUCCUCAAUUCUGAUGAAGAUGCAGUGGUCAUAUCAUCUGCCAAGAUACUGUGUGAAACUGUAAAGGACUUCGUUGCCAAAGUAGAGAAGGCACAUGAAAAAACAUUGGAAAAUGCUGUCGUAGCCGAUGCCGUGGCCAGUAAAUGUUCAGUCCUAAAUGAGAAGCUUGAACAGCUGCUCCAGGCUUUGCACACAGAUUCCCAGGCUGCUCCUGUCCCGGGAGGCGUCAGCCCUGUCAUUGUAGAAGAAGAUCCUGUGGAAUCUUCCAGCGAAGAAUCCUUGUGUGAAAGCAGGGAACAGCUUUUAUAUGACACUACAAAACCUUCCUCCCAGAAAGCGGUCAGACCAAAGGAAAUAAUGUUGCGGGCAAACAGUUUAAAGAAAGCGGUGAGGCAAGUCAUUGAAGAAGCCGGAAAAGUUAUGGAUGACCAGACAGUUCACCCCUGUGAACCAGUUAAUCAGUCAUUUGAUUACGAUAGUACAGAAACAGAUGAAUCUAAAGAUGAUGAUGCAAAAGAGUCAUUAACUGUGAAAACUGCACCUCGGUCUCCAGAUGGCCGGGCCAGUCGUUCCCAAACUGACUCUGGCCCUGGACCAGCCGUGGCAGCCAGCAAAGAAAACCUCCCUGUGCUCAAUACCAGAAUAAUCUGCCCAGGUUUAAGAGCAGGACUAGCUGCCUCAAUUGCUGGGAGUUCUAUUAUCAACAAAAUGUUACUGGCAAAUAUUGAUCCUUUUGGUGCAACGCCAUUUAUUGACCCAGAUCCAGAUUCAAUAGAUGGAUAUUCAGAAAAAUGUGUCAUGAACAAUUACUUUGGGAUUGGAUUAGAUGCGAAAAUUUCGUUAGAAUUUAAUAAUAAGAGAGAAGAGCACCCUGAAAAAUGCAGGAGCCGAACUAAAAACUUGAUGUGGUAUGGUGUCCUUGGAACCCGGGAGUUAUUACAGAGAUCGUACAAGAAUUUAGAACAGAGGGUUCAACUUGAAUGUGAUGGGCAGUAUAUUCCUCUCCCCAGCCUGCAAGGAAUAGCAGUGUUGAACAUUCCCAGCUAUGCCGGAGGCACUAACUUUUGGGGUGGAACUAAAGAGGACGAUAUAUUUGCUGCACCAUCAUUUGAUGACAAGAUCCUAGAAGUCGUUGCAAUAUUUGAUAGCAUGCAAAUGGCUGUUUCAAGGGUUAUUAAGCUGCAGCAUCAUCGAAUAGCUCAGUGCCGUACAGUGAAAAUCACUAUAUUUGGUGAUGAGGGAGUCCCAGUGCAGGUGGAUGGUGAAGCAUGGGUUCAGCCUCCAGGGAUUAUCAAAAUUGUGCACAAAAACAGAGCUCAGAUGCUAACAAGGGACAGGGCUUUUGAAAGCACUCUGAAAUCUUGGGAAGAUAAACAGAAGUGUGAUGCUGGUAAACCAGUUCUUCGAACCCAUUUGUACAUCCAACAUGCCGUUGACUUGGCAACAGAGGAGGUGUCGCAGAUGCAGCUCUGCUCCCAGGCCGCGGAGGAGCUCAUCACCAGGAUUUGUGAUGCAGCCACGAUCCACUGUCUUUUGGAGCAAGAACUGGCCCACGCUGUGAAUGCAUGCUCCCACGCACUGAAUAAGGCCAACCCACGGUUCCCAGAGAGUCUUACAAGAGACACUGCCACUGAAAUAGCCAUCAAUGUGAAGGCACUGUAUAAUGAAACAGAAUCUUUACUAGUUGGCAGGGUUCCUUUGCAUUUGGAAUCUCCACAUGAAGAGCGGGUAUCCAAUGCCUUACAUUCUGUGGAGGUGGAGUUACAGAAGUUAACAGAGAUUCCCUGGCUUUAUUACAUCUUACACCCAAAUGAGGACGAGGAGCCUCCUAUGGAUUGCACCAAGAGAAACAACAGAAGCACAGUAUUUCGUAUAGUGCCAAAAUUUAAAAAGGAAAAGGCUCAGAAGCAGAAGACAAGUUCACAGCCUGUUCAGAAAUGGGGCACAGAGGAAGUUGCUGCUUGGCUGGAUCUGCUCAAUUUGGGAGAGUACAAAGAAAUCUUCAUCCGUCAUGACAUCAGAGGGGCUGAACUUUUGCAUCUGGAAAGGCGAGAUCUUAAGGACCUGGGGAUACCGAAAGUGGGUCAUGUGAAGCGAAUUCUCCAGGGAAUUAAAGAGCUCGGAAGAAGCACUCCCCAGGCUGAGGUGUAAUCAUACUGGUGCUAUUCCUUGCAAGGGAAGUAAUCGCUACUUAAUACAAAGUUCUUGAAGCAAUUGGCUAGUCUUGUAGUUUUCUCCCUAGCUGAGUAAGCACCACUGAAGCACCUCUAUGGCUCGAUAUUUUGCUUUGGGUGAAAAUUUUGAUUUGAGAUCGUAGAAAAUAUUUUGUGCCAAAAAAAUACAUUCCAUGAAGCCAUUUUCUUAUUGUGCAGAUAAUAUGACAUGUUCAAAUAUGCUUAUAUUAGUAAGAAGGAAGGGGGAAUCUGAGACAAUUGCAUGGUCUAAAAGGUGGAAUUGCAAGAUGUUUACUUUCCUUAAAUUUGUCAGAUGGAAUGUUCUUACCGUGCAACUGCAUAACAAUAUGUGGCUCACACUUCUUAGGUUUUGUUAUUGGAAGCGUUGACUUCUUCCUUAAAUUAUUGGUUAGGAGACUAGGAUGUAAAUUAAGUUAUAUUUUGAAUGUUAUAUUGGUAUCACCUCAGAUUCCUAGCACUCAGUGGUCAAAGAAUAUGGUUCAAACCCCUCAAAUACUAUGAAUGAAUGCAAAUCUUAAUGCACGAUGUUUCUGCCUGAAUUAUCUUUCUUUCUCUUGCAUGUCACAUCUAAUAUUGUAACACUUAGCUUUAGUGUCAGUUUUAAUGGAGUUUAAUUUAUUACUACCUAAGUACCUUUUUGUUGGCUAAAGGCACUUUUCUAUUCUUUGAUGUGGAAUUUUGCAUAAAUAUUCUGUAUCUUAGAAUUUGUGAACAUGUGUCUGUGCCAUAAUCAACAAAUGAUAUACAUCUUAUGCAAGCCAAUUUUAUGUCAGCCUAUCAUAAACAGUAGGUGUGCACAUUAAGAAAAUUCUCUGGAUAUUUUCAUAAAAUUACAUGUUCUUUUGCCUAACAAAACUUAUUCUAGCUUUCCAAGCCAAAAUUCCCACAUUUUGUUCCUAUUUUUCACUUCAAUUUAAUAAUUAUUUAAUACUUUGUUUGCAUUUGUAAUAUAGUAGACUGUUGACAUCCAGGAAUUUCCCCCGGAUCUUAGCUGGGAACUGUGUACUGACUGGGCCACCCAUGAGCUAAAGUGACUCCUGACAUGAACUUCCCAACAAAAGAGAUUUAAAAUUUUUCUUAAGGGCUUCACAUUAUUAUUAUUAUCUCACUUAUUUAUAUCCUAUCGGGUAGAUACUAUUUUUCUUUUUCUAAACCGCUGUACUUCAGCAUAGCUCAUUAGGAGUCAACAUUACAAUGAUCAAAUCUUUGAAAGCCAAAGGCAUACAUAUCAAAAAGUCACAAAAAUAUCCUUAAAUAAGCUUUCUUUAGACAUUAUAUACCAAAAAUAUUAGCUAUAAUGUUGAAAAAUCUUCUCUAUAAGAGACAUAAACAGGGUACUGACCCAGUGGUGACAAUUUUCAUAAAAUAGCCUUCUAGGUAGGUGCUCAAUAGAUAUACACACACACCUAUAUACAUAUACACAUAUGUGUAUAUACACAAAUACUCAUUUAAAUGUAUAUUCACACUUAUGUACAUGUAGUCUUGAAAUAUACUCUCAUUGAUAUUUUCUAAACAAUUAUUUGCCGAAUGCUUAAAGAGAAAUAUUGAUGGGAAAGCAUUGAAAAUGAACUCUUGUCAGACAUAUGAUUAUAUCAAAAGAGUUCAAAUAUUUGACACUUUAUUCUCAUUUAUAACUUGGUUAUUUAACUACUAGUAUCAUCACAAAACUUAGAUAUCUUAAAAAUAAAUGAACCUGAUGGGUUCCUGACCAAGGGUUUACCUAAGUUGUGAAUAAAUGGAGAUUUUCCAAAGGGAAUCAUAUCAAGUAGCUUAAAAGAGUACAGAGCUACUCACUUAAUCAUUUUAAUGUUACCCACACCUAUGAAAUCAAAAGUCUUCAUUUCCAGUUCCUUUUGUAGUCCCCACCCUGCAGCACGUCCUGCACUUCCGGGCACUUCUCUGUGAAAUCAGAAUAUGAGGUGCCGGAUUCUCGGAGCUCUUCUCAGAUCACAGCCCCCUGUCCAGCUCCACCAACAAAGGAAAGGGUGGGGCAAGGAGGCGAGGAGCUCUAGAGAAGAAUGAAUUAAUGUAAAAAUCUUUAUUGGUUUUUACUCUCCCAAAAUACCCCUUUGCCAAUAGAAAAAAUUCUCAAGCUAUUACGUGUUUAGAAUUUAAGACUAAGAUGUAAAUGAUUGAAUUUUUUUUUGUUUGAUGUUGAUCUUUCACUCUCAGGUAACAUCUUUUUGUAUGCUGUAAAACCUCACUUAAUGGAAUCCUUAGCUAGAAUUUUCCUGCAAGUGGCUUUUGGAUGAGGGAAAUCCUUUAAAAUGGCAAUUUUGAUAUCUUUCUUUUGUUAAAUGAGAGCAGUUUUUCCUGUACACUUUGUCUAGCAUGGCUGUGUGGGACCCAAAUGACUUCACUUACCAGGUUUGCCAGGACAGAGCCCUCAGAGUCUCCUUAGGGCCCUGUCAGCGUCACAGAGGAGCCAGCUUCUUAUAGCAGAUGGGGUUACAGAAAAGGGAAGAGCUUCUCCAUGGAUCUGAUCACAGCUCUGGGGAGUGCCCGUGGGGACUGUGUGCCUUGCUUCACACAAGCUGAGCUGAGAAGCUCAAGCCUGCUCCUCAUAGCCAGGUCUCACCUUCCCUCCCCAUUAGGCUCUCCCUCUCCUUGAUAAUUCGGGAGGGGAAUCACAGCCAACAUCCACUUCCUUUCACUCUCAUUUUCCUGAGGAAGAACUUACUUUUCAAGAAGGAAAGGAACACAGUCAGGCCUAAGUAAAAUUUCAGAGUACUCAAUUUUUCUCUUCGGUGUCUUUCCACCUCCCUUUCUGAGUUCCGUUUCCGCUUCCUGGCUUCCUGUUUUCCCACAUGCCCAAUACACUGGUGGUUGCUCACAUUCUCACUGCUGUGUGCUACCCUUUCCUCAACUUUCCCACUACAAAAUUACUCCUUUCAUCUCCCCGCCUUAGCACCCGUUGUGGGUCAUCUAGUGAAGUGUUAGGAAUAAAACAAUUUAAAGAAACUAAUUUCACAGUUUGCAUUUUAUAAAAGGAAAUGUGCUAAUCUAAAUGAAUUUAUGGAUUAGAUAAUUUGGAGGCCAUGAUAUAUAUUGACAUCAUAUAUAUAUUCCUCUGGCUGAGAAGAGGUGACCCGUGAAUGUCUAGAUCUGUGCUGUCUAAUAUUGUAGCCACUAGCCACAUGGGGCUAUUUAAAUAUAAAUUUAAUUAGAAAUUUAAUUUCUCAAUUAUUAGCCACAUUUCAAGUGCUCAGUAACCACAGUGGACAGUACAGAUAUUGAACAUUUCCAUCAUUGCAAAAGUUCUACUGGAUAGCACUGGUCUAGAUCAUUGUUGUGGUCCAUGGACCAGCAGCAUCUGUAUCACCUGGGAGUUUAUAGAAAUGCAGAUCUCUUCAAGACCUACUGAAUCAAAAUUUUCCUUUUAACGGGAUUCAUUAAGUUAUUAGCACUGGCCUAGAUUUGUUUUAUCCCUCCUAGAUAUUAGGAAUCUGAGGUCUUCAAAAGGUCCUCAGAAUAGCUCACUGCCCAAUCCAUUGUUUCCUAUCCAUUCUCCAGCUAAUCCCAGAAAUGAGCUGAAACUCAUUUAUCACUCCAACUGAGCUUCCUUCUCAAUCAUUAUUCCUAUUUCUGGUUCCAGAUGAGCCCUACCUGCCCGGUUGUUAUGUUUUAGUAGCUAAGGUGGAAUACAGGAGAUUGGCUGACCAGCACAGCUGGCCUUUCUCCAACCCUUCAUCCCACGUCUACGUCACAAAUAUCUCCAUUUGCUCAGUUUGCUGCUCAUGUGGCAUCCUCAUUUGUUCACAACUUAAGUCACAAGGAACAUUUCAGAAGAGUAUGUACUGAGGUAAGACGGGGUCAGUCUCCUACCACUUGUACAUUUUCACUUUCUCUUACAUCUUAUCAGUAGAUUAUCCUGUUGACAUAGUUCAUGCUUGAGAACACACAGCAGCGCACAUGCAUUACAUGAAUCAUUAGGCAUGCAAAAAAGAAAAAAGAACUGAAAUGAUUACAAGUAAAGUGAAUGUGUCGUCAAAGCCCUGAAAGAGGGCACGUUUUGCUAGACUAAAUGUUUUUCUUAUUACGCUAACUUAUCUUGAUUUUCAGAUAGUUAAUAAUUCAUUAAAAUAGUGCCUGAAAAAUAAUACAUCAUAUUCCUGAUCCUCAAAAUACAAAUUACUUAAUUCUGUAAUAAGAUCUUUCCCAAUGACUUAUUGUCAAUAAUCCUUCACUUAAUAAUUUUUAUAUAUUGAUAUAAUUUACCAAAACAUGACUGCCUAGAGAUUCUUUAGCUGAUUUUCAUGAAUAAAGUGGGCACCGCCUUAAUCUUCAAGGAAGUUGUUUUUAACAGGAAUUGAGGAAGGAAAUAUUCAUGCAAAGCUGUGACUUAGAAAAUUAUAGUGGAAGCCUCUAUAUAUCGUUUUUAACGUAAAUUAUCUAUUAUCUCUGACUGGGCUGACGACAUAAUGGACUUUCACUUAUACAGAUAUGAAUUCUUUACAGAUAUAGCUUUUCAUUAAGCUAUAAAAACAUUGCAUCUCUCAACCCUGACAUCUAGGUUCUCUCCUGCUGCCUCCCCCCAAAAUGGACUUAUCUUGCAUUUCUCAGAUGCAAGUUGAAUAAAACAGUGGGUUUAGAGAUUGAUGAUACAAGUGGCAGUUUUAAAGCACCGAAUUCCUUAAAUCAGCUGAGAAGCAUGAGAAGUGAAGAUUUCUCAAAUACUAUUGGUCAAUGGAAUAGCCUCCCCAAGCGGUUCCCACUGGGCUUGGCUGCCACGCCUCUCUCUCUCCUGUCACUGCCCUACGCCAAGUGCCACGGGGCCUGGGACUUGUUCGUCUCUGCCAUGACAUCUCCACAGUGACUUUUGUAUAGCAGUCUCUGUGUCAGAGAAAUAAUGUUGCCUUUGCAAUAGGAUGCCUUCCUAAAGAAACAACCAGAACUUUACAAAGGCAAUGACUAUUGGUUUUUAUAACAUGCAAAGCAUUAAUUUUUUAAUCUUCGUUACUAUUUUCUCUUUAUCAUUUUCUCCAAGUUUUGUUUAGGGAUAUUUCUGUUAGAAGAAAAAACUAUAAAGGUGUAUCACUAUGGAGAACAGAGAGAUAAAAGACAGCUGGACUGUACCUAUUUGUAUACUUCCUUCUGUUAUUUUCAGGAAAAGAAGUUUAACAGAGUAACUGAGACUGCGUUAAACUCAGUAACGAUGUUUCAGAAAAACCCAUAUUACUAAUAUAGAUGAGCAGAUUAAUUCCUUGUAUGUAACUAAGAUAUUCUAUUUACAUAUAUUUAUAUCCUCUCAAUUUUUUUAUGCACUUCCAAGUUUUAGUUGGAAAAAUAGAAACCAAGCCACUAUUUAAAAGUUAGAAAACGCCACAUAAAAUACUUCAUUUUAGCUACAAGUUAUUCAUUGUAUAGGAAUUUAUAAAUAGUCUGAGUAUUUCAUAGGAACUGCAUUUCAAGAAUAAAUUAACCAAACCUCAGAGAACUUAGGGUUACUUUUAAAAUACAUUAAAAUAAGUUUCGUACUCAAUCAAUACUACCAUUGAAGUUGGAUAAUGCAGUUAGAUAUACAAGCUAAAAAGGAAAAAGAAUAUAUUUUGUGGUUCUUACUGUUUGAUUGCACUACGUUUACCACAGCUUAGCCAUAUCUACUUCUGUAGUCUAAGUAUUAAGCUGAUAUGUAGCUAAAGAUUUCUUACAGUUCUGGUAACUGGUAACUAGUGCUGUGAAAGGUUUUCGUAUUGUAACAUUCCCAGUUUUGUGAGCUAUAUAUUGUAUAUUGAAGAUGACUAAUAAAUUGGAGUAAUAUAUUUAUCUAGAGCUGGGAAAAUGUGAUAAUUAUUUUCAAAUCUUCAAGUAAGUUGUAUCGAAUUUUUUUCUUCCUCGUAAGUGAGAUAAAAGUCUCACCUUUAUGUUAAAAUGUCUAUUUAUACAACAAGUUUCUCCUUUCACUGGGUUUAUUAAUUUUCAUAUUAAAAUUUUUCUUAUCUUUUUAUACCAAAAUAAUUAUCAUGCUGGUUGUUCAAACUGCCAAGGUGUAUUUUUGUUUGCAGAACUUUUGGCAGCCAGGAUAUUUAAUAACAAACCAGCCUUGUGUAUUUUGUGGCUUUGGGGGCAAGAAUUUUACCUUUAAAUUUCUAUGUGAGGCAGGGCUGAUAACAGCAAAAUCAGUAAUAGACAGUAUUACUUACAAUCAUCAGUAGAAGCUUUUCACAAGUUGUAUAAAUCAGUGCAUUUAUUUAUUAUGUUGUGAAAUUUAAUCUUUAUACAAAAUGCAUCUUCUAGCUCUUUGCUUCGUUACUGCUGUUGCUUAGAGUGUAAUAGCUCCGUUGAUGAUUUACUUACAUACUUGAAGCACUCAUUUCUGUCAAACAGAUGCCCAGUUUUUUCCCUUGUAAACAUUGUAUUCUUUACCAUCAUAGAAACUGAAAAGGAAUAGGGACUUUGUUAAAAAAUAAUUUUAAUGUUUAAAAUAAAUAUGGAAAAAGGCACAAAGCCAAAAUGAAAUCAUCAACAUUAAGAAUUUAAUGUAGCCAAAGGAUUCGUUGUGCUCUAUUUUGCCAAUAUAUAUUUUAUCUUCAAGUCAGAACUUCUUUUCCGUGGUAAAUUUUCAAUUUUUGUUGUAAGAGAGAUCUCAGUGGUUAUGCUGCUAAUGUGACGUUCAAACGAACUUUAAGAAUCGUGAACCCCCAAAAUACGACAUCCCUCCAGGGGUGGGCUCUGGGAUCCCAGGGUGUGUGUAUUGUGAACACCUCUGCAUUUGACUCUGGGCUUCUUGACUCAUGGUAACCAUGAUGGAUGAUGGUUUGUCUGUGUGUUUCUGUCAGUUAAGUCAAUGGGAUUUUCAUUGAGUUUUGAAUUAUUUCUGCUUAAAAAUAUUCGCUAUUAAACUGUUUAAAAGACUGAAAAUUUACAACAUAAUGGGACAACAUACCACACAGAAUAAAAUCACAUGUUUUUGAGGAGGGAAAAAAACCACUCUGACGUAACAUGAGGCUGUAUUGUAUACCAAAGAAAUCACUUUAACAAGCCUCAAAUUGGCUGUUCUAUUGUUUUGUAGUAUAAGCAGUAGAUGAAUUGUGAACUAUUUAAAAACUAUAGUAGGAAUUAAGAAUUAGUUUACUGUAAUUUUACAGACAUAGAGUUUUAUAUUGAUUUUACUGUCGCAACAGCAAUUAUUGAAGGCAGGAAAAAAUAUGCAUGAGAAAUAUUGUAUGGAAAUUAAAGGGAAAAGGAGCUUGAGUUGGUAAUUUAGAAAUGAAUACUUUGCACAUAGGUAUCUUUCACCUUCUAUUAUAGAAAUGCAAAACAUGUGUGAGAUGUAUGAUAGGCACAAUACCACAAAAAUUAAAAAAUGCCACACUGGUGAGGUCUGAAACUGUAUCUGUAUCUUAUCCAAAAAUCUGGUCAUUUUAGGAAGCCCAUUCUACUGUUGAAAUUUAGAAGUCAGUUAAGCAGGUAGUUGGAUGACCUAACCGUUUGUGUUUAUUACAUGAGGCAAGUGUCUGUGCUUUCUCAACUGAGUGGUUUGUAUAGUGAGAGCUAGUCAGAAGGGCUUAGCUAGUUCCUAUAGACGAACUAUGGUAAAUGUAGAUAAGACCACACCAUGCAGACUAAAGAGAUUUUCAUGAACUUACUAAGCCUUGAACUUUGUUAGCAAUUUUCCUUUAUUUGAAACAACAAAAAUUCAUUAAAAUUUACAAUACUACAAAUAGCUGAAUUCUAUGAUUCUGGAGAUGGAAUAUGGUUUAGGUUUAUUGGGUUCCAUAACUAACUUUGGCGCUAGCUCACUCUGUCCUUUCUACGAGCUAUAUCUUUUGGUGCCUCAGUUUUCCCAAUUAGAAAUGGCACACAUUAUCAUCAAUAAUAAAUACUUGGUAAUUUUUCUUUUACAAAGAACCUAUGUAAGUGUGAAUUAUACCUAAAUUUCCCACUUCUUUCCCAUGGUCAUUUUUAGAUAUAAGGAAAGGCUUUGCUUUAUAGGGAAAAAUUGAAAGUCCGAAUUAACGUCCCUUGAAGUUCAUUUUAAAAAUGAGAGUGAAGUUACAUUAGUACUAUCUGUACUAGAGUAGGUUAUGGGUAUUUUCAUCUUUGUACUACAGGUUCAUAUUAUUCAUUUUAAGAUAGACUAAAAACUCACUUCUAAAAUCUUCAAAAUUUUAGAGUAAUUUUAUUUUUCUAAACUUAUCCCAGUCAACAUUAUAUAGCACUGAAUUUUUUUUUAAAUUAAGACCUUCACAUCUUUGCUUAGAUUAAAAAUGUCUCUUUAAAUCAGUGGUUAAAAAAAUAGAAUAUGAGACUCUCUUACCUUGUUUUACCCUGUGACAUCAAUUACUCUCUACACUAAGUGAAUUCUGAAUGGUUUCUUUGCUCUUCGAUCCAAAGCAUGGAUUACUGGCUACAUUCUCUGGCUGUGGAAUGGUACUCCCUUCAUGCAAAGUACCUUCAAACUUCCUGUAAAGAAAGUCAACUAGAGAUUGUCUUAAUUAUUGCCAUAAUGGAAAUCUGGGUACAAUUAAGGGAAGUAAAUUAGAAUAACCUAGUUAAAAUCAUUAAAUAUAGAUGGGAAUAAAGGAAUAUUGACUUUAUUUUUACCUGACAUUUAGAUUCAGUCAGUAGCUGAUCUUUGACUUAAAGAUUUCUUUGCUAAAUCUGGUAUUUAUUAUAGCAUAAUACGAUAACUUGGAGCUUCUGUUGCCUCCCCUUCCCCUAAAAAUGUUGGAAUUAUAAAAGGAUGUAAGCUGCGUAAGACAAGGGGAAAGACUGAAUUAGAAUUCACUUGCAUGAUAUUUUGUCUUACUGACACAACUUAGUUUUCAUGAUGGCACAUGUCUAAAUGAUGAUUCCAGAAUGGUUUGAUGCAGUGACUGGAAGAAAUCAUUUUUCUGGGAAUUUGCUUCCCACCAUGACCUGAUAUACGUACAGAUGACCUUAGCCUAAUUAAAAUUAAUUAUAAUUUUAAUUAGAACCUGCCUGUUUACAGAUUUCAAUUGUGCAGCAAUUUUUUAAUAUACAUAAUGGUCAGGAUAGAAGAAUUGCAAAUUUGAGCAGUUCUUUCUUUUCCUCCCCUCCUUUUACUUGAAAAGCUUUCAGAAAGCUUUUGAGAGAUGACGCAGGUUUCAUAGCAACAUUCUGUGAUUAUGUUCUUCUCCCAAGAAAUUCAUAAACUAAAAUAUGGAACAAAACAAAUUCUUAAUCCUAAUCUUGUUUUGGAUUGUGUAAGCAAAAGCAUUCUAUAUAUCAUAGUCUUUUUUGUAUGUAUGCAGUUGCAUAUGUAUUUCAUUUUUUGUCCAUCUCAAAAAUUGGCAUUUUAGGUUUUAUUUCUAGUUAGUUGCAGUAAAGCAAUUAAUUCCAUUGCCUUAAUUCAGGCCCUUAUCAGUAGAGACCUGCACUAUUUUUCUCCCCUGUGCUUUUGCCAUCGUUUUUCAGCAACUAGUUUUCCUACCUUCAUUCUCUCCCACCUCUAGUCCAUCUUCCACAUCACUGACAGAGUGGUCUUUCUAAAGCACAAAUUUACUUUGUCAUGCCUUCGCUAAAAAUUCUUCAAUAGGCUCUCCUUCUUUAUAGCAUAGCAACCUAAUUCCUUAGGAUGAUGGAUGAGGAUCUCUAUGACCUUGCCUCCUCCUGCCUUUUUUAGCAUCUUCACUCACCAUUUCCUCUAGAGACCUUUUGUAAUCCAGAAAUUUGGAACUACUAACAAUUCAGUACCUUGGCAUAAUCACAUGGUGUAGGUCAACUCAUUCAAGACCCAGUUCAAAUUUAACUUUCUGUGAAGCUCUACCUGACUUCCCCAGGCAGACUUAAGUAUUUCAUCCAUGCUCCAUAGUAUUUUGAAAUUUCUUCUGUUAAAAUAACAUCAUAAUUUAAUAUAUAUAUGUGUGUAUAUCUAUAUCUAUUACUCUCUCCCCCCACUGAAUUUCUCUGUCUUUGUAGUCUUAAUGUUUAGUUAGCACAUAAUAGGACUUUAAUAAAUGUUUUUGAAUGAAUGAAGGUAAUAUAAAACCAAAACUUCUCUAUAUUUUUAUAGUUUGACAAAUAAAAACUUAGACUUCACUGAGCGUCCACAUGAGGGGUGUGUGUAUUCAUGAGCAGGUGGGCAUGCAUGCACUCUGGGCAAACCAACAGAAGAUCAACAACAGAGAAGAGCAGCUGCUUUGUGAAGGAUGAUCAUUUGUUAGCUGCUUAUGAGAAAUAUUUGCCAAACCUGAAUUCUUGUGUCUAAAAGGAGGCUCACAGAAUUUUCACCUAACUACCAAAUUUUUGUUUGUAAUUCACAAAUGUGCCCUAAAGGUUACCCUUCUCUUUUGCAGACCUUCAGUGUAUGCCAUCCACAUAAACACAUACACGGAUUACUCACACAGAAUAAUGACUUGAGAAAGAAUAAAACACAAUAGUCAAGGUGAAAGUUUCUUCAAAGUAAUAUUCAGCCAGAGAUAUAGACUGAAUUUGUGUGAUUUCAGGUCAUUUGUAGUUAAUGAUGAUUGCGUGUUUUAUGAUGUAAAUGUAGGAAGGCUUGUUUGCUACUGUUAUCACUCCUUCCAGAACAUAAAGAUUAAAAACAGAAUCUAUUUUUCUUUUGUGAUUCUAUAAAACCUUUCUACCAUGUCCCCAAAUUAUGAUAAAGAUGAUCACAAAAUGCUCUUUAAAACUUAAUAAUUUCUAAAAUUAAAUAGUGGUAAAAAAUGCAUGUAGUUAAAUACACUCUCCCUUCACUCAAUUGAUGGAUAUUUUUCUACCUGCUCUAUCCUUGGCAUUUGAUGAGAUGCUGGGGAUGCCAAUAAAGUAUAACUCUUAUCUGUUAUAGUUCAAUUUGUUUUGCUAAUUAUUUUCCUACAGUCUGUUUACAAAAUUGGGAGGACAUUUUUUAAAUCAGGUGUUUCUCAGGUUAUUUCACAGAAGUGGUCUCCUUCCACCCAAAAAACUAACCAAAUUCUCUAUCAUAAAGAAUUAAUCUCAUUUUUAUUUCCACAAUUUUUUGUAUUUUCAGAUCAGCCACAAAUAAUCUUUGACUAUCACUUGUCAAGUACAUCUUUCAUCAAUCCUGUAGAACCCCAUUUCCACAACCGUAGGUGCUAUGUGUGAUCCAAGCGACUAAUAGAUUUGAAGAAUGUGAGUUAAAUUUCAAGUCUGUUUUAGGAAGACGUAUAUCCUCAUUAAUAACACAUACACCAAAAUAUAUGAGGUGUGCAUUGUAAACCCACAGUAGAGGGGAAGAGUUGUAAAGUCAUGCUUUCCAGUAUACUUCAAAGGCUCCAUUUGCAGUUAUGGGUUGAUGUUUCCACCUCAGUUAUUUUUAAUGGGGAGUAGGGAGUAAUAUUUAACUGGUAGCAUUCUUAUCUAAGCAUAUAGUAAAUAUACUGCUAGUAUUUGUGUGCCACACUGCAGUGAUAUAGAGAUGAAACAAAACAAACAUAUUUCAGUUAUGAAAAAUUAACUCUCUGAAUAUUUGCUGAUGGUUAGGGAACAGGGUUCCUUUAUGAGAAGGAAAAAACUGUCUUUAUCUUUAUUGUCUGUAAGUAUGGAAAAAACCUUACUUGUAUGUAUAUUCACAUUUUGGUAGGCAUAUUUGGAAGUCAACGUUUCCCAUCAGUAUAAAUACCGACCAUUUCUAUGUUCUCUAGCAAAAGGAAAUUCUUAGUUCGAUACAACUUUACUCUUGUUCGACGUUGUAAAAGGUCCACAAAGGAAGGAGGCUCAGAAGGCUGGACAUGUUACCCUUAUAUUCAGCACAUUCAUUUUAUCUUUCAAUAAAGAGAAUCAGUAAUUAUUUGCCUCCUGUUUAUCAUCAUGUUAAAAACAUAAGAGUAUAGUUACUUUUGUCUCUUACAUUGCAAAAGAUAGUUUUAAUUUAGGCUUUGCCAUAUUAUUUAUAGUUAAGAAUUUACUACAUUUUGGUAGUCUUUUAAAACUUAUAUCUGAAAGAUGCAGAUCAUGUCUGUCUAUUUAUUACACAGUGGGCUCUGUUUGCUGCAGAAAAGAGUGAAACUUUUAACUGCUUAGCACACUUGCCAGUGAGAUAUACCUGACAGAGCAGAGGUUAUAACUUUGGCUCUAAUUACUUUUAAUAAUGGUAAGAAAACGUGAGUUUUGUUUGUUUACAUGCUGUUUACAAUGGCAUAAUUUUUUAAAUGUAUACAAGAAUUGAGAUAUUUAUUGCAUACUAUUUUAAAGAUGUUUUAUGUGUUUUCACCUUUGGAAUAUAUUGUUACAGUUCCUUAUACAGAUAAUUUGGGUGGCUUUGUUAAUGUAGCUAGUAAUUUUUAUGACUACUAAGUGACCAGUUUUCCGUGCCUUUUAUUGUGGGGUGCAUGAUUAUGUAUUUAUUGUACGGAAGUCACUGAUGCGUGUAUUUUUGUACUUUGCUGAGAGUAAUGGUUGAUCUUGAUGUACAUGAUGAUGAGAGAUGCCUUUCCCGAAGGGCACUGCUUUGAGAUUGUCCCUCUGAAAUAAAGAGAAUGCAUUUGGAGUA